AUGUCUUCCACCGCCUUCGUCCCGUUUUCCGAACCGCCCUACAUCGUCGGCUUACCAUCCCCAUACUACAAAGAGACACAUCUGAGAUGGCAGAAAGCGUGUCGCGAGUUUGUGGACAAGCACAUGCUUGAGAAGUCACUAGAAUGGGACACAAAUGAAACUGUCCCUGAGCAUGUCUUUGAGACCUUCGCGAAAGCAGGCAUGCUAAUACCUACGCUGCCAGCACCUCUCCCAGUAGAAUGGUUGAAGAAGCUGGGCAUCCACGACAUCCUUGGUGUGGUGAAGGUUGAUGAAUGGGAUUACAUCCAUACUAUGAUCUAUGCUGAUGAGAUGGCACGAACUGGACUUGCAGGACCCUCUGGAUCCCUCACAACAGGCAUGUCCUUCGGCGUCCCGCCCAUCAUCAAAUAUGGCAACAAGCAGCUACAAGAGCGCUUCCUCCCAGAACUCCUUACCGGCAAGAAGCGAACCUGCAUUGCCAUCACCGAGCCCGAAGCCGGAUCAGACGUCGCGAACAUCACAACGACCGCUACGAAGACACUUGAUGGAAGACACUAUAUCAUCAAUGGAACCAAGAAGUGGAUCACCAAUGGAAUCUGGUCAGACUAUUCUUCUAUGGCUGUAAGAACCGGUGGCCCUGGACCAACAGGUCUGUCUAUGUUGGUUGUGCCUUUGAAAGGAUACCCAGGAGUCAACAUGCGUCGCCUGAAGGUUGGAGGCCAAGUGAGCGCAGGCACAACUUUCAUCGAAUUGGACGAUGUCAAAGUACCAGUCGAGAAUCUUAUUGGAGAAGAGGGAAUGGGCAUGAAGUACAUCAUGACAAACUUCAACCACGAACGGCUCACAAUUGCCAUUGGUGCAACCCGUCAAGCGCGUGUCGCCCUGUCCGCCGCUAUGGAGUACGUUCUCAAGCGCGAAGCCUUCGGAAAACCGCUCGUCGAUCAACCCGUCGUACGUCACCGCCUGGCGAAAGCCGGCGCUCUUUUGGAGUCUCAGUGGGCUUGGGUCGAGCAGUUCGUAUACCAGAUGGUACACCUACCAAAAGCAACAGCGGAUAUCGAACUAGGUGGAUUGACCGCUAUGGUCAAAGCACAAAGUGGUAUCGUACUGAACGAAUGCGCACAAACGGCGCAACUGCUAUUUGGCGGAAAUGGAUACACAAAGAGUGGGCAGGGAGAGUUGGUUGAGAGGAUCUACCGCGAGGUACCAGGCGUACGGAUACCCGGUGGUUCGGAAGACGUAAUGCUGGACUUGGGUGUGAGGCAGCUUGUGAAGAAUUUCAAGAACAAGACCAAGGCGAUGGAGAGACCCAAGGGUUCUUCGAAGCUAUAA